UGGGCUCCGAAGUCCAAAUAGCCUCAACGAUAUGGUAUAGGAUUCCCCACGGCGCACGAUAGCAAAGUCAGAAAGGGAAGAAUGAGCGCGAUUGAUGUUCUGCCAAGGAAGGAAGCAAACGUGCUGAGGGGGCACGAGGGUGCAGUUUUAGCGGCCAGGUUCAACAGCGACGGCAACUACUGCCUCAGUUGCGGCAAAGAUCGCACCAUUCGCCUCUGGAACCCCCACCGUGGGAUCCACAUCAAGACCUACAAAUCCCACGGUCGUGAAGUCCGCGACGUCCAUGUCACCCCGGACAACUCGAAGCUUUGUUCUUGUGGUGGUGACCGACAAAUCUUUUAUUGGGAUGUAUCAACAGGUCGUGUAAUUCGAAAAUUCCGUGGCCAUGAUGGAGAGGUCAAUGCUGUAAAGUUCAAUGAGUAUUCUUCUGUCGUAGUCUCAGCAGGGUAUGAUCGAUCAUUGCGUGCUUGGGACUGUAGAUCGCACAGCAACGAGCCAAUUCAGAUUAUUGACACAUUUUUAGACAGCGUAAUGUCUGUUUGUUUAACAAAAACUGAAAUUAUUGGAGGAAGUGUUGAUGGGACUGUUCGAACAUUUGAUAUGCGCAUUGGUAGAGAAUUAUCAGACAACUUGGGUCAACCAGUCAACUGUAUCGCAAUGUCAAAUGAUGGUAACUGCAUAUUAGCCAGUUGCUUAGAUUCUACUUUCCGUCUUCUGGACAGAUCUACUGGUGAACUCUUGCAAGAAUAUAAAGGCCAUACUUGUAAGUCCUACAAACUGGAUUGCUGCCUUACCAACACUGAUGCCCAUAUAACUGGUGGAUCUGAGGAUGGCUUCAUUUAUUUCUGGGAUCUGGUGGAUGCAUCAGUGGUUUCAAGUUUCCAAGCACAUUCGUCAGUGGUGACAAGUGUGAGUUACCAUCCAAAGGACAACUGCAUGAUAACCGCCUCUGUUGAUGGCACCAUUCGUGUUUGGAAGACAUGAGAACGGAAGCGAUUAAACUCCCUCCGUCCUCGGCUUGCGCCAGCCAUUUGAGUUUGACAACUUUCACCUGCAAAUUAGUUUUCCAGAAAAAAGUAUCCAUAUCAGAAUGAUUUGUUGAAGUUCCAUUACAGGCUCCCAACAUUCCGAAAUCCCCUGGCUACAAGUCAUCAAUUAUUGAUAAAUUUUAGUUCU